UUUUUCCUUUUGGUUUCUGCAACUUUUUUUUUUUUCUUUUGAUCCUACUUAAGACAGUGUAUGUAGGGUAUUAUCUCAUUUAAAAACUUACCUUAAAAAAACCAAGGCACACUCUCCAACCAGUGAAGCAUUGAAAUGGGCCAGGUAAUAUGACUUGUACCUGUUAAUGAUCUUACGACUUAGACUGGUGAAGUAUUUAUUACAACAUUACCCUGUUCUUGUGCAAUUUAUACUGAUGCCUUUUGGUUCUCAGAUCAUUCAUACUUUCACGAGGCGGAUCCAGAGCAAAAUCAAAGAUCUCCUACAGCAGAUGGAAGAAGGGCUGAAGACGGCCGAUCCGCAUGACUGCUCUGCGUAUACUGGCUGGACAGGCAUAGCCCUGUUGUACCUGCAGCUGUACCGGGUCACCUGUGACCAGACCUACCUGCUGCGGUCCCUGGAUUACGUGAAGAGGACACUUCGGAACCUGAAUGGCCGCAGGGUCACGUUCCUCUGUGGAGACGCCGGGCCGCUUGCCGUGGGAGCCGUGGUGUACCAUAAACUCAGGAGUGAUUGCGAGUCCCAGGAAUGCAUCGCAAAACUCUUGCAGCUCCAGAGAAGCGUUGUCUGCCGAGAUUCGGACCUUCCCGACGAGCUGCUGUAUGGCCGGGCAGGGUAUCUGUACGCCCUACUCUACCUGAACACGGAGAUUGGGCCAGGCACCGUGUGCGAGUCGGCCGUUAAAGAGGUCGUCACUGCUAUCAUUGAGUCCGGCAAGGCUCUGUCCCGGGAUGAAAGGAAGACUGAGCGCUGCCCCCUGCUGUAUCAGUGGCACAGAAAGCAGUAUGUGGGAGCAGCCCACGGCAUGGCCGGGAUUUACUACAUGUUGAUGCAGCCAGCAGCAAAAGUGGACCCAGAAACCCUGGUGGAGAUGGUGAAGCCCAGCAUCGAUUACCUGCGCCACAAACGCUUCCGCUCCGGGAAUUACCCGUCCUCGCUAAGCAACGAAACGGACCGGCUGGUCCACUGGUGCCACGGGGCCCCGGGGGUCAUCCACAUGCUGAUGCAAGCUUACAAGGUGUUCAAGGAGGAGAAGUACCUGAAGGAGGCGCUGGAGUGCAGCGACGUGAUCUGGCAGCGGGGCCUGCUGCGGAAGGGCUACGGGGUCUGCCACGGGACCGCCGGGAACGGCUACUCCUUCCUGUCCCUCUACCACCUCACCCAGGACAAGAAGUACCUCUACCGGGCUUGCAAGUUUGCAGAGUGGUGUCUGGAUUACGGAGCCCACGGGUGCCGCAUCCCGGACAGGCCCUACUCCCUCUUUGAAGGCAUGGCUGGCGCCAUCCAUUUCCUCUCCGACAUCCUGGUACCCGAGACCUCACGGUUUCCGGCGUUUGAACUUGGCUCUUCGCCGACGGAUAAAAAGGUGUAAAAAGACUCCUAAGGGACCCUUUUGGACCAAAAGCCACAGACUGCUCAGUGCCUGACCGAGAACCAGCUGUGCAUCCCGAGAGGGCCAGGAGAACAGACACGGCUCAGGCCCCCGUGUGCGGAGACCCGCGACCCAGAGCAUGAGUGACAGCUCCUCCCUCGAGCCCUGUGCUGCCACGGCCCCCUCGCGGUGCCCACCCGGUUCUCACACCCGGCUCCCUAGCGUUUGCAUGUCUCGUGGCGUUUGUUGUUUGUAUGUGUCAGUCGUGCUAAACAGAAAGCCCUCCUGUGCCCCGGGCGCAGCUGACCCUGGACCUGGGCGGCCCCCUCUGUAAAUAACCCUCACGGUGGAGCAUCGUCUGCGCUAACGUGCCGGGAGCAUCGGGAAGAUGCCCUGGUGACACCCAGUUUUCAGCACUUCUGUGUGUCCCUUUCAGGCGAGCGUGAGGCAAGGGCCACUCCCAGCUGAGAGGCCGAGCUGAGCGGGUUUGGCUGGAACGGUUGGAGGGCGAGGCCUUCCCACAAGUGUUUUUGUGCUCACCUUGGUGUUGUUUGUUGUUGUGGUUUAUUAAAUUUUUCUUUUAAUC